AAAAUUGCAACCACAACCAAAACAACAAAAAUGAAAAAAGAGGCCCCAAAAAUAACUGAAGAAAAAUGAUGAUAAUGUCUUCUUCCUCUACCACCAGACCUUCUUCCUCCACACUCUUCACCAUCUCCGCCCCUUCUCCACCCCCACCGUCGCCGCCGCGGCUGCUCUUCAUUACUCCCACCGCAUUUCCCAAGCUUCUCCGCCGUCCCAAAAUUAUCACAUCCAUCAAAUCUAUCGACGUCUCCAAAGAAGACAAGGAUCCGCCGGCCCCGACCGAGGAUAAGGAACCGGAACCGGAAUCGAAUCUCGACGCGAGACGGUUCGAGGAGAAAUUCGCGGUCGUGAACACGGGAAUCUACGAGUGCAGAUCCUGCGGGUAUAAAUAUAGCGAGAGCGCGGGAGACCCGUCGUACCCAAUUCCGCCGGGGCUGCCCUUCGAGAAGCUUCCAGAAGAUUGGAGGUGCCCGACGUGCGGCGCGUCGCAGAGCUUCUUUGAGAGUAAGAGAAUGGAGAUUGCGGGGUUCGAGCAGAAUCAGCAGUUUGGAUUGGGAGGGAACGCGCUGACGUCUGGCCAGAAACUUCUGCUCAUCUAUGGGGGUUUGCUUUUGGGGUUUGCUCUCUUCUUGUCUGGAUAUUUUCUCCAAUGAUCCAUCGCCUGUUUUUGGUAUUUCUUUAAUAUGUAUAUCGCAUUAUAAUUUUUUUAAGUUGUGAGUAAUAUAUAUCGAUUGGAAAA